AUGGUCAUGAAAGGAACCCUUUCAUCCAAAACGCGAGAUGUUUCGAUGGUAGAAAGGACGGAAAUCGAGAGCGACGGCACUAUCUACUUUGCUGCCUGCUCAGUCGACUCAACCAAAAUCCCUCGGAUAGCGGGUAAACACCGCUCAGAGAUCUUCUUGGCCGGGUGGAUCAUCCAGCCCCUCCCUUCCAACCCUCCCAUCACAAAGAUCACAUAUGUCAUCCAGACCGAUCUUCUGAACAGGCUCCCAAAGUUCAUCGCCAAGCGGUCACUGGCCAAGCGAGCACUCGUCGCCACCGUCAUCGAGACCUACCUUAAGAAGAACGGCAACCCAUCGACCGCUGUCGCCUCAACAACGACGCGUAAACGCAGUUUGAGCGAGCCUCUCAAGCUGGAUCAUUCCCUCAUCCCACCAGACUCUGACGAUGAGGAUCUGGAAUCUGGGUCGGCUUUCCUUACGCCACUCCACAACGCAAAUCAUGCUGAUGACGAGGAGGAAGAGUCCACCGAAGACGAGUCCCCAAGGCGACAGCAGCCAUUUUACCAAGCUGCACCAUCGUCCAAGGCCCCUGCUGCUAAUACUCGCAACUCUCUCUUCUCGUCCAAUUCUCUGUUCAGCCAAGAGUUCAUCGACAGCAACCCUUUCCUUGGCGAAUCAUCAGCCCUCUUUAGUGAUUCCCUUCUCUUUGGCAAGGACAACACUUCCGAGAGUAAGAAGCAACAAGACAAGAUCGAGACCCCUGCUGCCCUUUCAAAGCCCGCUGUCUCCAAGCCUGUUGCCUCCAAGUCAGAUGUUCAGGAAAAGACUCGUACGCCAGUGCCGGUCACCAGGACGACUCUCUCUCCUGACACUGCGAUACGGAAACCCCAUCAAUCCAAGCGCGUGUCGAUCCCUGUGGUGCUGCCAAAGUCUGAGGCAAGGAUGAGGAAUUACAACGGCAGCAGUAAUACUCUCUUGUCGGAGCAUUCGGAGCUGAUGCCAAUGAUCCUUCCAACGACGCCUCCAUUGACGCCUACCGCCUCGAUCACCAGCAAGGAUGUCACUUCGGAUUCAGACGCAGCUCAAACGUCCGAGGUCAAGGCUGUUCCCAGAUCACCCAAGAACAGCACGGCAGCUCCCGAGGCGGAGGACACUUUCGACACCCGAGCCAGCUCUAUGGCAAUGUCCUCGUUCGGAAUGAAAUCUCCCUCAGCCAUGAUGGAGGCUCGUCGCCAUAGCGCAUUGAUGGGUCGGGGUACUGCCUUUGUCCCACGCCAUAGCCAUGCUGUCCCAAUCCGCGGCAACCCCAACGUCUCUCUCCAGUCCCUGAUCCGCCCCUCUGGACCCACGAGCAAUGCCAUGAAGCGUCAUUCGGCUGCACCCAGUUUGGAUUCCAACCGGUCGUUGACAUCGUGCCUUCCCAUCAUGAUUUUGCCCCACAGACACUCUGAGACUGCACGCAAGGCUUUGGCCAUGUUCAAGGUCUUGGCUUCGAGUCCCGAGGACCGCUGGAGGGCCAUCUCAAGCGAGAACGGAUUCAAAAGCUACUCGAGAAUCAUCUCUGGAGCCGGCUUGCCCAUGCUUCGUAGCGAGGGUACCAUUACUGGAGGUUGGACUGUUGAGCAGAUCAACGCCGUGAUCGAGUCGUCUGGCUGCCGCACCACCUGGGAUGAGCGCUUUGAGAACCUGUCGAUUGCCGAGACCUUUAACCAUAACGAGUACUUGUUCCAUGUUACUCUCAAGGGCGUUGGCUCUAUCACUGGCCGCGAUCUUGCUGGAGUUACCAUCGUUGACAGGGAUCCCAUGACCUCUGCUCUGUACAACGUCUCGACGUCGGUCCUUGACUCCACCAUCCCCGAAAAUCCUGGCCGUAUCCGUGCGAUGCUUGAGCUCUCCGGUUGGUCUCUCCGCCCCACCUUUGACGGCCAGGGCAACACCGUCUCUGUGAACGUGACCUUUGUGGUCCAGGUCGACAUUCGUGGAACCCUUCCCUCGUCGGUUGUCAAGUCCAUGACUGCCAGCAUGACCACCGCCGUCCCGCGCCUCAACCAGUUCAUCAACAAGACUGGCUACCCACCAUUUGCAUCGCACAUCUCCGGCACCAGACUGUUGGACACCUUUGAUCCCACGACUGGGUUUUACGAGCUGUGCUACAAGGCUGCUCCUGGUUGGACAGAGGUCCGUGUCGGUCGCAAGGUCUAUAAGGAGGGCUAUGAUUUCUUCAUCAAGCCUGACGAUCCCUCGGUUCGCGUGGAGCUUGCUCCUGAUUUUGGUGGCGUUCGCAUCUGGACCACUCUUGAUCACGAGGGUCAGAGUAUCAUUGCCCAGGUCUCACGAAAGGGCAUGAACAUUGUCGAGCCCACCGCACCCAAGGAGGAGACCAAGCAAGAUGCCGAGGUUCAGACUGCCCAAGACCUUACCAUCAAGAGCGAGCCUAUCAGCGGCAUUGACAGCAACGGACAUGACCAGAACGAGGUCGAGAGGGAAUCGGGGCAUACGACCCAUGCCAGCCGUAAGAGACGCAGCGCCAGCUACUCGGCUACAACUCCAGCAUCAGGAUCUUUUGCUCGACCUGAUUCCCAGGCUUCUCAGAGCUCUGAUAGGAGUCGAUCGCGUGGACGUACUCCUCGUCAGAUCGUGACCCUCCCCGCUGGCACUCCUCUUCCCCCAUUGCCUCGCCGAUCUAGCUCGUUGGGCAGGCUCUCGAUCCCCAUCGAUGCUUACCUCCCUGGUCCCGAUGCUCCUCCAGUACCCACCAAUGCUGCUGCCCUGGAGGCUGGUAUGCGUUCCAGCACUGCUUCGGGAUUCGAGCUUGUUGCCUCGCCUAUUGAAAGCCCAAGGCCCAUGCCUGACUCGCCUACUAUCUUGGAACCUCCAGUUCAGACUGAGAGCAAGCCGGUCCCCACAGUGUUGACCACAGCCGCGGCUGCAGCUGCCGGUGUGCCCAAGGUUGAAACUAAGGUCGAGGCCAAGGUUGAUGCUGUUUCAGAUGUUACCACCCAUCGCUCAUCGAGCGCUCCUGCCACGCCUGUGGUUACUCCCAAGUCAGUCGAGGUUGUUUCCUUGGCUUCGCAGUCUUCUCCCGCUGCUUCGCCUGUUCCCUCGGCCACUGCUGCCUUCAGUCCUCGUUCGUCUUCUUUGACUGCUGCAUCGACGGCCUCCUCUGCUGCGUCGUCUUCUACCGCCUCUGGUUCCGGAUUCCAGCCCUCGAGCCGCCUGAAGCACAGCACCUCGAUUGCCUCGAUUGGUGGUGCCAGCUCCGGACCCAAGAGGCGCGAAGUCCGUGUCACGUUCUCUUUGGACACUAUCGAUAAGUCGGACGACGUCGAUGCUGCUCAGUUCACUGCCACCUCGAGCCCCUUGGACAACCUGACAAAGAUGAACAACGACAAGGAGAGUGUUGCCAUCCAUAAUGUCGUCUCCCAGUCUGGAUCGAUCGAGUCCCACGAGUGCCAGGAGUAUGAGAGCGAUGAGGCCGAGUUUGUCGAGGCCCGCGACUCGCUCUCUGAUGACGAGAUGGAGUUUUCGUUGGUCUUGGCCAGCAUCGGUGCUUGGCCCUCGGCAUCCUCGUUCUCGGCUUCUUCGUCCUCCUUGGCUUCCAAGCAGGUAGUCCAGAAGGAGAAGCAGGAAGAGAUGGUUAUGACCUCGUUGCAGGCCGUCGAGAGAGGGUUCCGUCAGUUUGUGUUGGGUUCCUCUGUCCAAGCCAAGGCUGCUAUUGUGUUCUUGUUGCUCGUUUACUAUGCCAGUCGUCUUUCAUCACUCAUCGCUUAA